AUGUGUGGUGUUCCGGUCUUCGCCAAUCAGCGAAAGUCCACUUGCUGUCGUAUUUGCAUCGACGCUCGAGAGCUUAACAACUUCAUGAAUAAAGAAGGGGACGAGGAGGCCGCGGACAUGGACCUACAGUCACGGAUCCUAGAGUGGCGAGCAUCAAAGCGAGUUGAUUGUGAGGACCUCAAGAAGGCCUUCUGGUCGGUCCACAUCGAUGAAUCGGAUGUGAAGUGGUUGGGGAUGUGCGUCGUGUCGAGGAUCAUAAGCUGGAUCCAUGUCCCUUUCGGGACGAAUUGGUCCCCUUGGGCCCUCUCCUCGGUCUUGGGGAAGAUCCUCAAACAGAUCGGGGGGACCGAACAGGGCGGUGCCGAAGCUAUCUGCUUCUAUGUCGACGAUGUCAUUCUGCGAGGGGACAGUUGCUCGGAGGUGUCGAAGAUUCGUCGGGAGGUGGUUCCCGCAUUAGAAGAGCGGGGGUUCGAAGUCCACCAGGACAAGCGAAUGUCCAAUCUCGACAUGGAUGAAGACUGUAUAGGUCGAGAGGUAUCUAAGGAGGAGAUUCUCAGCGAAAAGUUCAGAACAGGAGGGUGGCUCGGUUACGACUGGAUCUGUGGCGAGCGAGUUGACGUUAUCGAUGUGCGUUUGCGGCAGAUAGAAUUGGCGAAGGAAUCCAAGGUCACGGAGUCUGCCCUGAGAUCAGCAUUCGGCAAGUUCUUCGACCCCAUGGGUCUUUCCGCAGAAGUGUCCUUGGAGCUCAGAUGGGCGGCUCGGUUAGCUCAUGAGCGACUGAAGCAGAGGAGGAAGGACUUCGAAGAUGGUAUGGACAUUCUGGACGAAGAGACGGCAUCUAUUAUAUUGAGUAAUAUUACUGCAUGUAAUUCUUUCCUGCAAUCUGAUCGUAUUCUCCCCCCUCGCUAUCUUGAUGUGUCUACUUUAUUCGUCUUCGUCGAUGCCUCUGAGGCCUGCAUUGCUAUUGAUAUUCGA